AUGCAUAUUGCAAAUUGUGCAUCUGUUACUUCUUGGAUCGGGAAAGUUUUGGGAAGCACAUUGAUUGUCACCGGAGUACCAACCGACUCGUGUGUCCCUCGUGCAAACUUGCAUUUCAAACGGAAAAAGCCCGCACUGCUUAUCAAAAAGCAGUCAAGCACGGCAAGUUUCCCCAUUGCGGAGAAGAAUUCACGGAUGUUGCGAGCGCGACUAAACAUGCGGCAAUCAACCACACCUACCAACGCCUUCUGGGAGGCUGCAACUUUGCUUUUCCGACAUUGGAUCAUCUACUGGGCCAUCAGAGGAAAAACCAUCAGCAUUGCAAACCUUGCGAUCGUUGGUUCGGGGACAAAGCAGCGCUGGAGUCUCAUGAGAAAAACGCCAACCGACACAAGCAGCCAGCUUAAAGAAUGGCAUUGGGUGCAGAUUGGAGAUUGGGAUAAAGAGAUCAGGCAUCACAAGAUGACAUAA